AUGAAUAUGUAUUACCUUAAAAUGUUAUUGUUUAACAUUUUAAUAAAUACAUUAGUAUUACCACAUUAUGAGAAUUAUCUAAAUAACCAUUAUAAUGUAGGUCUCAUUCAAAACAAGACCAAAAGAGCGACGAUAAAAUCAAGACUUUUAGCACAAACCCAAAUCCAUAAUCCGCAUUAUCAUAAUGACCCAGAACUCAAAGAAAUAAUUGAUAAAAUGAACGAGGAAGCAAUAAAAAAAUACCAAAAAACUCAUAAUCCAUAUAAACAAUUGAAAGAAGUAGUAGAAAAAAAUGGGAAAAAAUAUACAAGUGGAAAUGAUACAGAACCUAUGUCAACGUUAGAAAAAGAACUAUUGGAAACAUAUGAAGAAGUGUUUGGUGACGAAAAGGAUAUUACGUUAAAAUCGGGUAUAAACUCAAAUGAUGAUAACAGAUCAGAUAACUCAUCAACAUGUGAAUGUACUGAUAUUAAUAAUGCGAAAUUAGCAAAAACAAAAGGAAGAGAUAAGUAUUUAAAACACUUAAAAUGGAGAUGUACCCGUGCUAUAUGUUUUUGUUCAGUGGGUAGUCUAUUCUUAACAUUUAUAGGGUUAGCUGCUGCAAGAGCUACUGACGUUGCUGCCUUGAAUAUUACUUUCAAUGGAAUAAAUUAUAGUAUAUACGCAACAUAUGUUACUAUACUUAAUAUGUUUAAUGAGGCAUCUAUGAUUGCAGCUAUUCAAGCAGGCGUUGGUGCUACUGUUGAUGGUCUUGCCGAUAUGCUCACACCUGCUGCAGCUUCUGCUAGUGCAAUUUUUGGAGGUUUUGGUAUUGCAGCUUUGGUUCUACUUAUAUUAGCUGUUGCACUUAUAAUCUUAUACAUAUGGUUGUAUAAAAGAAGGAAAAGAUCAUGGAAACAUGAAUGCAAGAAACAUUUAUGUAAGUAA